AGAAGUGUGCCGGAAUUUAGCAUCCUGGCGCUGAUGUCACGUAACUAACACAUAAACAAAGAUACUGUAAGGUAACUUAAAGCUGGGAAGGGGAAAAAAAAAACAGUUCCUGUAGUGAUGACACGCAAAAUUUGAUAAACAAAAACGUUGUUAAAAAUCGCUGUUUGGGACCCCAAACUUGUCAUUUCAGCAAUCAAGAGGAGUGGUGGCUAGCAGCGUUAAGGCUAGGUGAAGAAACGCCAACCGCAUCCUUUUUUGUAAUCACACUGCUCACGGCACAUAAACUGUCUUAUUCAGCGGUGUCGUCACAGUAAAUUACAGCUGGCAGUUGUGGUACUGAGUGUGUAAUUCUGAAGAUAAUACGAAGUAGCUACGGCGGCGUUAGCUUCAGCUAUUAGCAAGCCAGGGGCGCCGCUCGGAGUCAGCUGACCGACGAGUGAUGGAUCAACUCAAAGUCAAGGACCGAAUUCUGGAGAACAUCUCGUUGUCUGUUAAAAAGUUGCAGAGUUACUUUGCUGCCUGUGAAGAUGAGACUCCAGCCAUCCGAAAUCACGACCGUGUACUUCAGCGCCUAUGUGAACACCUUGACCAUGCUCUGCUCUAUGGGCUGCAGGACAUCUCCUCAGGUUACUGGGUUCUGGUCCUUCACUUCACCAGGAGAGAGGCUGUCCGCCAAAUAGAGGAGCUUCAGCAUAUAGCAACUAAUCUUGGACGAAGUCGUGCAUGGUUGUACCUGGCAUUGAGUGAGAGCUCUUUAGAAAGCUAUCUGCGUCUCUUCCAGGAGAAUCAAGGAUUACUUCACAAGUACUAUUUCAAGAAUGCACUAGUCUGCAGCCAUGAUCACCUCACACUCUUCCUCACUCUGGUAUCAGGGCUGGAGUUCAUUCGCUUUGAUCUGGAGCUGGAUGUGCCAUACCUGGAUGUAGCACCAUACAUGCCUGAAUACUACAAACCUCAGAACCUGCUAGACUUUGAGGAGAGGCUGCCCAGCUCAGACAGCUUGUCCCUCCACUCUUUUACCUCCCUCACCUCCACCAACCUUGAAUGGGAUGACAGUGCCAUUGCCCCCUCCAGCGAAGAUUAUGAUUUUGGUGACAUCUUCCCCAUGUUGCAGUCAAUGCCAAGUGCAGACUGGGAAGAGGGAGACCUGACUGAUCAGGCCAGCUGCCCACCAUCCAGUGGUUCUGAUCCACAGACAGUCAUCAGUGACACUGUGGUCCUUUCUGCUAGUAAUGUUCCAGUGAAGGUAGCAGUUCAAAUGUCUCCACACAGCCCAACUUCCAGACACAACCCCUUCAAUGAGGACUCGGACAUUAACUCCUCAGCCGAUGUUACGCCAGUGCAUAUCGCAAGUUGCCAUUAUCGUACUACAACUGGAGAAAUUAUGAAGGUCAUUGGCAAUGAGUUGGAGGUCAUAAGAAUGGCCAGACGAAAGAAACCAAUCAAGAAACGACGUGGGAGGGGUUCCACAGACUCGAGCAGCAGUAUCCACAACUCUCUGUCUUCUGAGCACGUGGACAUGGACACCAGCAUUCAGGCUCCAGAGGCUGUGGAUUCAUUAAAUUGCACUAUCAUGCCAGAGCUGGAUACAGUUGAGGAGAGUCUGAUGAGAAGAAGUACAGCAGGAGUGGAGGUUGAAGAAGGACUUGAGGAAGGGCUUCUUCGGCUUCCAGAGAUGACAGAUACCUCCAUGGCCAAUGUUGGUCAACCUCUCAGUGAUGUCAUGGACCAGCUCAAUGGUUCUCUGGAUAGAGAUGAGGUCUGGGAGGAUUUGGAGGACAAGAAGGUAAAAAAUCUAGACUCCAUGCAGCAGCCCUUUCGAGAGGAUUCAGGUGGCGAACCACCUGAUCCAACCCCAAGACAGACCAAUUGUGCCCCAUCAGCCACAAGCCCAAAUCUCACGCAAGCAGCUACAGACUUAUGCUGCUUUACCCCCAACAGUCCAGACACUCCUGCAACGGGUGGUGGCCACAAUGACUCUUCAGAGCAUAGCCAGUCGCAGACUCUUUCAGAUAGCCAUGAAGAUGAAGGAGAGACAGAAGGACCAUUAGGACAGAAGCCAGACAUUAAGAAGUGGGGAGAUGACGUACAAGGAGAUGAAACGGGAGCGUCAGGACUACUACAUGACAAGCUGAGUCCCUCAGAAAAUUCACAUCCUGCAGAGUUUAAGGUGGACAACAACCAUUUGCUGCUUCUCAUGAUUCAUGUAUUCAGGGAGAAUGAAGAGCAGCUCUUUAAGAUGGUGAGGAUGAGUACCGGCCAUAUGGAGGGGGAUCUGCAGCCUCUCUACCUGCUGCUCACUGACUGUUACAUUUACCUGCUUAGGAAGGGAGCAGCAGAAAAACCCUACACAGUAGAAGAUGCCGUUUCAUAUAAUGAGUUGGACUAUAUUUCAGUGGGUCUUGACCAACAGACAUUGACAAUGGUCUGCACAAACAGGCGAAGAAAGUUCUUGUUGGACACAGCUGAUGUUUCACUUACUUCCUGGUUCUUGGCAGUUCUCAGAUCAGCCAUGGUGAAGGGCUGUCGAGAGCCACCUUUCCCUUCAGUCCUGACAGAUGCAACCAUGGAAAAACUGGCUGUUGUGAAGUUCAUCUCUCAGGAAUCUCACUGUGAGGUAUCUGAAGUGUCCAUCCGACUUUAUUCACUUGUCCACUGGGAGGAUCCAAUGGACAUGACCUUGUCACCUCAGUACAACACAUCAAGUGCUCGACUGGCUUCCACCACUAAGGAAGGAGUUCUGCAGUACCGGGCCGGCACCACCUACCUGGGGAAAGAGGUGUGGAAAAGCUGCUACCUUAUUCUCAGCAAUGGGAUGUUGUACUUGUAUGCAGAGAGAACUGACAGGACACCGGUGCUUUCAGUGACUAUGGGAGGAGAGCAGUGUGGAGGAUGCCGUCGCUCCAAUAGCACAGAGCGACCUCAUGCAUUCCAAGUCAUCUUAACAGAGCGCCCUCCACUGGAGCUCUGCGCCAACAAUGAGCAGGACAUGGCUGACUGGAUGCAGCUGCUGUGCCAAUCCGUCUCCAAAGGGGUCAUCCCCCAGGGUGUAGCCCCCACCCCAUGUAUCCCAUGUUGCCUGGUGGUCACAGAUAGGAAACUGCUAACUUGCCAUCAAGACUGUCAGACCAGCUUCUUCCGUUCACUGGGCAGUGCUGAUAUCUGCGAUGUCGUGGCUGUCAGCCUGGAGGCCAACAAAGAGUACUCUAUCAUUGAGUUUACUCUGGAUCGCUCCCAGUUCCUCCCUCCUUGGGUCUUGUACUUCAGUGGGUGCGAAGAGAGAGAACGUCUACUUACAGCAUUAGACAUGGCCUGGAAAGACAUUUAUCAGGUGAAGCUUCCCCGCAGAGAGAUACUGGAUUUAUCAGUGCAGAAGCGCUGUGGCGAGGCCCUGGCCCUGAUGAAGAGCGCCUGGCAGAGAGCUGACAGUCUGGCCCGAGGCAGAGCCCAGCGUGAGCCCUGGUGCUGAUGGAGACACUCACGCUGACCUUGUGGUACCUGCUGGAUGUCAACAGUCUGUAUUUCCAGAACAGAGCAGUUCAUCACACAGAGGUGUGGAUUUGUGGUCGCUGACUCUUCACUCGUACCACACAGUCUGUUUCUGCAAAACGUCUUCACAAAACUGAAAUGUCAAGAUGAACCAAUCAGACGGCCUUCCUGAUUGUGUGCAGAAUUAGAUUCUAUUCAAGAAACUUCAGGAGUGAAAAAAGAUUUUGACAGGAAUGUGACAAGUCUUGUACGAUGGUGUGUUACUUGCAUGCUCUGUCACAAUGAAGUGACGGUAAAAACCUCUUGCUUGAAAUGAAGUGACUGAAUCUGCUGUUGGCUCGACCUUAUAUUUAAACCGUGAUGAUACCUUGUCACAUUCUUUCAGAAAAAUGUGCAGUAACAAAUCGCUUGGACACUUGUAAUUUGUUUGGCUUUCAUCUUCUCAGUGGCCCUUCACGUUAGUAAACUGCACUCACAUAGACAUCCAUAUUCAGCACAUGCGUGUGUCCUGCUGAACUGAUGAUUGACUUUCCUCAGAAAUAUAAUCUGAUUUUUGUCAUGUCAUAUGCAGCAUCAUGAUGUCCUAAGCCAUAUCUGACGGGUGUGGUCACCUAUCACUGAAGUUUACGUGUGCACACCCAACAAACAGAAAUCAUUUGCGCUCGCUGCUUAAACAGAUCGCACAAUUAUGUGAAGAUCAGAUUAGGGCUUGUUUACCAUAAACACAGAAUUGUUAUAGUGCAGACAUAUAACGCACUGAAGACAGUUUCUUUUGUCUGCGGGUGUGUGUGUCAGUGUUGUCAGAUCAGGAACUGUAACACAUUUUCCUUUUUCACUGCUCUGAAGUGACAAGUGGGUAUAGCCACACAAAGUAGCACCUUUUUGUUUAAUAUUACCACUUCUAAUUUUGUGUUAACAUACGCAUUUUAUUUUAACAGUUGUAUACUUGUUGUAAACAAUGAGUCUGGCUGAUGAGACUUUUGUUUCUGCAAUAAUGGACUUCUUCCAGUUCAGUGUCAUGAAGUAAGAGCCCUGCUCUGUGUGAAGGUUACGUUACAUUGAUUUUAUUUUGCACAGUGAUUGACAGUAUCAUAUUGCAUAUGGAGGAUUUAUGUCACAAAAAGUGAGCUACUUGAUUAAAACAGACAAUCCUUUUGCACCACAGUCAGCUUGAAGUAACAUAUGUGAGAGUAUGUACGAGGGUAGGCUGAAAAGUUCUAAGGCUCCCCAUGAAGGAGUAAUGCAUUAACUGCAUUAUAGUGAGCCUUAGAACUUUUCAGCCUACCCUCAUAUAAGAUUUGCAACAUUGUUAAUUAACCUUGGGACUUGCAGUAAUUGUUCUGCUAUUAAAUUAGUGCUGUCUGCAAUUAAAGCGUCACCAAAAACAAAAAAAUCUUUGAGCACAACUGGAUGGAAAAUCAGUGGGUUGUGCAUGUUGCAGUCUCUUACUUUGCAGUAACAGUGGUGACUCUGACAACCUUACGUUGUCAUGGAAUAGUAGAUUAACUGGGAGAAAUUACUUUUGCACGUACACCAAGAAUUUUUUUUUUUUUAAUGGCCUUACACUGUUCAGAACAGAGGUGGGACGAAGUCACCAUUAAGUCACUCUCAAGUCUUGAAUCAACAAGUCGCAAGUCUUAAUGACCACCCGUUGUUUGCAAGCUGACUUGAGACUUGACUUGGGACUUGCAGAUUGAUGACUUGACAAUGACUUUGUCCCACCUCUGGUUCAGACUUUUGGAAGCGUUCAGUUUGUGUGAGCUGUAAUGUAUUGAUUGAAAGACAUAUAUGGUACAUCUUGGCAUCAGCGGGUUCUGCCUGAUGUAAUAUGCAGUUUGGGUGGUGUUUGUAAUGCUUACCAAGUACUGGCUAAAAGCAUUGUUUUUGGUAUUGCUCUAUCUCAGGUACUGAAUUGGCUCGGCCUUUAAAAUAUUCCAAAUGGUACCCGGUCCUCUACAUAUGGCAUUUUUGUUUGCAUGAUUUUAGGUAGUUAUGUCAAUUCUCAUCAUUGUAUUCCAGUUACGUCAGUAUUGAUCUGUGUUUAAAGCCUUUUUAAAUGCCCCUUGAUCUCGGUCAUCUGUUCUCACAGAGAGAAAUAUUACCUCGACACAUUGUGCAUUUACUUUACUACUCUUUUAUCCGUUUACAUCCGCCAUUGAGUUUGUUUUUGUUGGUUUGGUAGAUUUAGUCUAAACUGAAUGAACCUGAUUUUUGGAAAACAUCCUAAAGAGUUUGGGUAUAUGUUUGAAUAAAAGCCAUUACCUCUUGGAGUGGCGCUACAAAAAAGGCAUAGUCAAGACAUCAAAUUUACAAGCUUGUUAGGUCCUUGCUGGCUGUGUCUGAGUGCCCGUCAAUUAUUUUUAAUUUCCUUUCUCUUUUUUAUUCUGUUGAUAAUUCAGCAUUAUGAUCUCGUAUUGUAAGCACAGAAAUGGCAGCAUAGUGCUGGUAGUAAAGAUUUUAUGACUGUGUCCUUCAAUAGUUCUGUAGGUUCCUGUAUGGGAUUCAUCAGCAGUGAAGUUGGACUCUCCAGUGUACGUAUUACUGAAGGACUUUGACUGGAGACUGUAGAGAUGAGCUGGUGUAACAUAUUAUUUGGAGUGCCUUAUUUAAAAAAAAAAAAAAAAAAAAAAAGCUUAUUGGUGGGGGCCUAUAAAAUGUGUAUAUGGAACAUCAGUCAGUAUUUCUGAGGUGUUCUGAAGCAUUAACAUUGCUGGCCAAUGAUUGGUUACAUCUUUUAAGUGACACAUUAUUCAAAAGUGCUUUUUGAUUCUGUUGUUGCAGUGUGAUUAAUAUCUGUAAUAUUUUGUAUUAUGUUUAGCAGUUUUAUUAAAUUGUAAAUACAACACUAAUCAAAUAUACAUACAUGCUCAAUUAUCAUGCUCGUCAAGAGGGUGGUUUUAUAUUGUUAAUAAUGCUAAUUAAUGUACAAAUAAAGCUUUGUGAUUGGAGCAUCGUAAUUAAAUAAAUUUAAACA